AUGAGUCUCUCUACAGAAGAUGAGGGUUCUCAUACCCUACAACCCAUUGCCAUCGUGGGAAUGGCCAUGAAACUCCCGGGAGGAAUCAAGACAUCAGAACAAUUCUGGGAUAUGCUCGUCAACAAAAUGGACGGCCAUGGACCCGUCCCGCUGAGUCGUUAUGAUGUGGACAAAUAUUACAGUCCAACCCCCAAGAAAGGUUCUGUCUACACCAAGACAGGUCACUUUCUCGAAGACGACCUGGCAGCCUUUGAUGCGGCCUUUUUCUCCCUCACGAAAAGUGAAGUGGCGCAGAUGGAUCCGCAGCAACGCAUGCUCUGCGAAGUGGUGUGGGAGUGUUUUGAGAACGCAGGCCAAAAGGCCUGGCGCGGCCAGAACAUUGGGUGCUAUGUGGGAGUAUUUGGAGAAGAUUGGUUGGAGAUCUCCAGACGGGACCCCCAAGACGUGGGCAGCUACCAUGUCAUCGGCACGGGGGACUAUGCAAUUUCGAAUCGCAUUUCCUAUGAGUAUGACCUCAAGGGCCCUAGCAUGACGAUCCGAACGGCCUGCUCCUCUUCCCUCACUGGCCUUCAUGAGGCCUGUCAAGCCCUCCGUCACGGUGAGUGCUCGGGGGCGAUUGUGGCUGGGACGAAUCUCAUCCUGGCUCCGACUACCACUGUCGGAAUGUGCGAGGUCGGCGUGCUUUCCCGGGAUGGAAGGUGCAAAACUUUUGACGCCACAGCUGAUGGUUAUGGACGAGGUGAGGCCAUCAAUGCAAUCUAUGUCAAAAGACUAGAUGAUGCUGUUCGCGAUGGGGAUCCCAUCCGUGCUGUCAUUCGCUCCACGGCUGUCAAUUCGGAUGGACGAACCCCCAAUAUCACCUAUCCCAAUGCCGCAGCCCAGGAACAGUUGAUUCGCAAAGCAUACAAGUCAGCCAACAUUCGCAAUAUCUGGGACACUGGGUUCUUUGAGUGCCAUGGCACGGGAACCGUCGCUGGAGAUACGGUUGAGACCCAAGCCAUCAGCAAGGCCUUUGACGGGAAAGGCACCAUUUUGGGAUCGGUCAAAGCCAAUGUUGGUCACUCUGAAGGAGCUUCUGGAUUGACCAGUUUGAUCAAAGUCGUCCUGGCCUUGGAGAGACAAAUUAUCCCGCCCAAUCCUCACUUUUCGACCCCUAAUCCGAAAAUUCCUUUCGAGGAGGGCUGCCUGCGUGUUCCAACCGAGCCUACCCCUUGGCCACAAGGUCGCAGGUUGCGCGCUAGUGUCAACAGCUUUGGUAUUGGCGGAUCAAAUGCCCAUGCAAUCAUCGAGGCGGCCGCGCCAGUCGUCCACGAGCUACCGUCUAGCGAAAGCCAGUAUCGGAUCAUUCCAUAUUCGGCCAACAGCAAAGAAUCCUUGCAGAGAUCUAUCGAUGCCCAUGCGCAGUAUAUAGAGCAGAACCCCGGCUCAUUGAAGGACCUGGCUCAUACUCGGGGUGUCUCUCGGGUAUCUCUCAAGCAUCGAGCAUACACCCUAGUGGACCCCGAUGGCCAGCAGCAGAUCGUGCAGACAUCCAGACUGACAAGUCUAAACACGAAUCUCGCAUUUAUAUUUACCGGCCAGGGAGCACAAUGGCCCGGCAUGGGCCGAGAAUUGAUGUCUUUGAAAGUAUUUCGUGAUAUCAUACUUAAAAUGUCAAAGGCUUUGGAGCGCCUUGACGACGGGGCAUCAUGGUGUCUUUCUGAUAUGAUCCUAGCGGAACUCACCUCAGCCGACAUGGAAACCCCUGAAUUGGCACAGCCGCUAUGUACUGCGCUACAGGUUGGAAUAGUCGAGGUGCUGCGUAGUUGGAAUAUUCGACCAAACGCAGUGGUCGGUCACUCAAGUGGCGAGAUCGCUGCGGCAUACGCGGCCGGAUCCAUCACUGCGGAAGAUGCUAUCAAAAUCGCCUACUUCCGUGGCCAAGUGUCCAAAACUUUGAAGACCGAAGGCGGAAUGGCCGCUUUGGGACUCAGUCGUGAUAUAGUUGCAGGGUAUCUGGAGGAUGGCGUUAUAAUCGCAUGCGAAAACAGCCCAGAAAGCGUGACGAUCUCUGGCGACAAGCCUCUGGUGGCCAAGGUGCUGGCACGCAUCUCAGAAGCUUGGCCCGGAGCUCUUUGUCGGUUCCUCCGGGUUACAGUGGCAUAUCACUCUCAUCACAUGAAAGAGGUCGGCAAGCUGUACGAGCAACUCUUGAGUUGUGUUGAGGAACAGGACCCGGCCGUUCCGUUCUGCUCCAGUGUGACUGGGGACAUCUUGGAGCAAAGACUAGGGGCGAAGUAUUGGCGCCAAAACCUGGAACAGCCUGUGCUCUUCAGCUCUGCUGUCCGGUGUCUUUUGGGUCAAAUGCCGAAGAGGGAAAGUACUGUCAUGCUAGAAAUCGGUCCACAUUCUGUUCUUGCUGCUCCUUUGAGACAGAUCCUGAGUUCCGACAGAACUGCCUCUGCGGUCUAUCAGUCGACCCUUUUGCGCGGCUCCAAUGCCUUGGGAAAGAUUCACGAGGCUGCAGGAGAACUAUAUCUUCUUGGUGUCCCCGUCGACUUUCUUUCAGUUAAUGGCCCAGGGAAUGUCUUAACGGACCUUCCUGCGUACUGCUGGCAGCAUGACUCCAAUCAACAUUGGCGUGAGAGUCGUCUGUCCAAAGCCUGGCGACGCCCUGCGUCUCCGCGGCAUGAAAUUCUGGGUUCUCGAAUUCUGGAGACCGGUGAAUUGGGUCUUUCGUGGCGGAAUGUGCUAUCCCUGGGCGAUAUGACCUGGCUGCGCGACCAUAAAGUGUUUGAAGAUAUUGUUUUUCCAACUACGGCUUACAUUGCUGCCGUGGGAGAAGCAAUUCACCAGGUUACAGGCAAACGCGACUAUACCAUUCGACGACUACUGGUCAGAACACCAAUUAUCUUGAAGCAAGACACAACUACAGAGAUCAUCACCUCGUUCACCGCCAUACCUUUGACUGAGCACCAAGACUCGGCGUGGUAUAGCUUCAGCAUUUCCGCGUACAAUGGAUCACAUACGCGAGGUAUCAUCCCACAAAUGGCCGACCCGUUGCUCAACACAGCGACGGCAUGUGUGCCGUACUUCGAAGACCCGCAUCAAACUCGCUACUCGUUGCACCCCACAACCGCCGAUUGUGCUCUGCAGCUACUGUCCGUUGCAGCAUGUCGAGGACUCCGACGCAAGUUGAAGCGACUGGUUGUUCCCGUCAUCGUGGACCAUAUCUAUAUCGAUGAGACAGCAUCUUCUGUCCAUAUUGACAGUUUCGCCGAAGAACUCGAGAAUAAGAAGCUAAAAGGUAGUGUCAUGGGAAUCGUUGACGAUAAAGUGGUGUUUGCAUUCCAAGGCUGUGUCUUGGCGCCCCUGGAUGCGGAAAGCGGCGACAUGGACCAUCUGGAAUCGCUGAAUAUCUCCCGGUUGGUGUGGACUCCUCGCCUGGAGGAUAUCCCCGCGGGUGAUCUCAUUCACAACAGCACAGGAGAGUCAUCUCCCGUGGUGCCCUUGGAAGCGAUGUCAGUUCUUUGCAUGCUUGAGACAGUGCAUGAGAUAGAAUCGCAAUCAUUGCGCCCCCAGACCCCCUACAUGGAGCAAUAUGUCGGAUGGCUUCGAAAGCAAGUCCUGUCAAUGGUGGAAGGGACUUACAAAUUAGUUCCCGUGUCUCAGGACUGGGCCUUACUCGAUUCGCAAAGUCGAAAACAGUUGAUAGAGGGGCUCAUCAACGACUCAGCCAGAUCGAGGUACGCCGCCGUGGACAGACUUGUCGUGCGAGUCUACCGCCACAUCAAGGAGCUCUGCGAGGGCUCGGUAUCUGGCGUGAACCUGCUUUAUCAGGACGACGGGCUCAAGGAUUUCUACGACAUCAUGGCAGGUCUGGAUCUGUCUAACCUUUUUUCCGCGCUCGGGCACGCCAAUCCUACGCUCAGAGUGCUAGAGGUCGGUGCAGGGACCGGUGGUACAACAGCCCUUGCACUCGGUGGUCUCACACAGAGCGACGGACCUCGUUUGUACUCACGGUAUUGCUAUACCGAUAUCUCGGCCGGAUUUUUUCCUGCUGCCCGGCAACGAUUCCGUGGGUAUCAUGGUGUCGAUUUUGCGGUAUUGGACAUUAGCCAAGACCCCCUGGACCAAGGGUUUCAAGCGCAGGAAUUCGAUAUAGUCAUUGCAUCAAAUGUACUACAUGCAACUCCAGAAAUUGGCAUCGCGCUACUCCAUGUCCGGAAACUACUCGCCCCAGGAGGUCGUCUCGUGCUUCAAGAGCUGUGCCCGGAGGUUCGAUUUGUCAACUAUGUCAUGGGUGUCCUUCCAGGAUGGUGGAUAGGCAACAAAGACUUCCGAGGAGAUGAGCCAUUUGUUCCUCCCGAGAGAUGGAAUAUUGAGCUCCAGAAAUCAGGAUUUACUGGCACAGACUUGUUGGUCUAUGAUUUCGAGCCGCCGUAUGUUACGAAUGCAGUGAUGGUGGCAACAGUGCGUGAAGACGAACCGCAGCCAAAGGUGGUAACCUUCCUGUGUCCAUCGCCUGAAAACGGACACAUUAAGGCUGUAAGGCGUCAUUUCGAAUCCCUAAGCUAUGUAGUCCAGAUGUGCUCUUUGCAAAGUCUGUCACCACCCGAGGGGGAUGUUAUCUCUCUUUUGGAUCUCGAAGGUCCUUUUUUUGCUGAGAUCUCUGAGCACGAUCUCCUCGCCUUCCAGAAAUUCAUCGCUGACUCUGAAACGACCGGCAUCUUGUGGGUGACAAGGUCAGCUCAGCUCAAAUGUACAGACCCUCGAUACGCCCUCGUGCUGGGUCUAUCUCGCACUAUUCGCUCUGAGCUUGGCAUCGAAAUGGGCACCGUCGAGAUCGAAGAGUGUGACCAGGCAUCUUGGACGGCACUAGAAGCUAUUUAUCGCGAGUUCCGCGCAAGAGAUAAGAGUGACAACGCCAACACCGACUACGAAUAUGCUUGUCAGGACGGCAAACUCUUGACUUCCCGUUACAAGCGCUGCACUCCGGGGGAGAUCCUCGCCCUUCAAUCUGGCAGUCAAUUCAGUAAUGCCGCCGGGCUUCGCAUCGAGACUUUCGGCCGUCUGGGUAGUUUGGCCUGGGUUUCGCUUGACAGAGCAGACGACUUGCACUGCGACCAGGUAGAAAUCGAUAUCCAUAAUACGGGCUUGAACUUCAAGGAUUUACUAUGCGCCCAGGGAAUACUGGACGCACGCAAAGACGGGCUGGGUUUGGAAGGUUCAGGAGUAGUGAGCAGAGUUGGACCGGAUUCUCCACUCGUUCCGGGACAACGAGUGUUUUUCAUGAGCCCUGGAUCUUUUGCCUCCAGAAUUGUGACGUCUUCGCUGCUCUGUGCCCCCAUUCCGGACGACCUAGGGUUUGAAGAUGCAGCUACCAUGCCGUGUGUAUACACCACAGUCAUAUACUCUCUCCAGACCAUUGGGCAGCUUCAAAAGGACCAGACCGUUUUAAUCCAUUCAGCUUGUGGCGGCGUCGGGCUUGCCGCCAUCAUGAUCAGCCAGAUGAUCGGUGCUGAGAUCUACGCGACUGUGGGCAAUGAAACAAAGGUCAAGUAUCUCCAAGAGCGGUUUGGUAUCCCGCGAAAUCGGAUAUUCAAGUCUCGCGAUACCUCAUUCUUCGAAGAUGUAAUGCGGGAGACUAAGGGCCGCGGCGUUGAUCUGGUGCUGAACUCACUAUCCGGGGAACUUCUACAUUCAUCGUGGAAAUGUGUUGCCCGAUUUGGCAAGAUGGUAGAAAUUGGAAAGCGUGAUAUUGUCGGUCAUGCGAGCUUGAACAUGGCUCCGAUGGUCCAGAACCGAUCAUUGAUUAGUGUUGAUAUGGCGGAAAUUCUCGAGUACAAGCCUCACGAGUGCAAAAGACUUCUCGAGGAAUGUGUCGAUCUGGUGGCACGAGGUGCUGUCGAACCAAUCCGCCCCAUUCGCGCCUUCGACGCCAACGAGAUCGAACAGGCAUUCCGAUGCAUACAAGCUGGUCAACACACGGGCAAGAUAGUGGUAAGGAUGUCCGAAGGCCUCGUUCCGAAUAGUAAGGUGCCUCUCUCAAUCUCAUUCUCACCAACCCACGCAUAUUUGUUGGUCGGAGGUUUAGGCGGAAUAGGACGCGCGGUCUCGCAGUGGAUGGUGGAGAAUGGCGCUCGCAAGCUAGUAUAUCUUUCCCCAUCGGCAGGCUCAGCUUCGACCGUCCGUGAAGCUCUGUUCCGUGAGUUACACGUGCAAGGAUGCGAGGUCACUGUAGUGGCGGGCGAUGUGGCCAAUCUUCAAGAUGUUCAAAGGGCCGUCCAGCAAUGCAAUGCUCCCAUCGCAGGUGUAUUCCAAAUGUCAAUGGUUUUGGAGGAUCGAGCCUUUCUGCGUAUGAGCCAUAUUGAAUGGACGAGCGUUCUGCUGCCCAAAGUUCAAGGAAACUGGAACCUCCAUAAGGUCAUGGAAAAUGAGCCCUUAGACUUUUUUGUCUCUUUCAGCUCCAUUUCCGGACUUCUCGGCCAGCCAGGCCAAGCCAACUAUGCCGCUGCCAACACUUUCCUGGAUGCCUUCGUGCAGUAUCGGCAGUCGCUUGGCCUCCCUGCAUCCGUCAUUGACCUAGGAAUUGUCGACGAUAUCGGCUACGUCUCUGAGAGCGGCCGGAUGACAGACCGUGGACUUGCUGUUUGGGAUGCUCAAACGAUCCAAGAAAACGAGGUGAUAGAGUCCGUCAAAAUGGCGUGCAGUGGUCAACGUAAUGUGAUAAUUGGUCUAGCGCCGAGACCAGCGACGCCACUAGCUCGACUUCCUGGAUUCUUUCAGCGUGACAAACGAAUGAGGCUCUUCCACAAUGCCCAGGAGGCUCCGCAAGCACGAGGGACUGUCGACAACGGACUCAAAACGUUUUUGGCGGGUGCAUCUCGUGAACCGAAGAUCCUAGACCAACCCGAGAGUUACGCCUUUUUGAGAGAUGAGUUGGCGCACAAGAUUGUUUCUUUCCUCUUUAAACCCGAUGAAGAGAUUGAUACUGCUAAGCCAUUGGCAGACAUGGGAAUUGACUCGCUGGUAGUAAUUGAGAUUCGGAGCUGGUGGACUCAAACGUUGGGACUGGAGAUCAGCGUGAUGGAGUUCAUGAGUGCAGGGAACAUCGAGGGAUUGGCGCACGUCGCGCUGAAGGGGUUGAAAGCAAAGUUGCAACUGAAGCAGACGGGACCAAUUUCUUGAAAUAGUUACCUACGUGUAAGUAACUGUGAGUGAGGUAGGCGCCUGGGAUUCAUACCUAGAGCUGGACACGAAGGGUUUCGCAUAUCUGCGUUUCCUUUUACAGAGCACAAAGCACAAAGCACCAAAUCAAGGUAUUCAUUUCGUAGACAGUAUAAACAGGUGGCAAGCAUUUCGAAC